GGCGUUGGUUUUGCUAUUUUCCAGUGGCGGAAACAGUCGCCGUUAAGGCUAGCACAUUUUGAAUGCACACUGUGCGGUGCUGCUGCUGCUGUUGGAGUGAAAAUCGAUUGGUCCAGAAUCAUUGUCGAGCGUCAAUUGAAGCAUUACAAUCAUAUAGCGAUACAAAUCGCAUACAAUCGCUGUACGAAGCUGGAGCGAACACAGGUGACCGUACAUCCACCACCGGACGAACCGUGCGUCCUGACCGACAAGCCGACAAUUGUUGGCCUGUACCCAACCGGAGGCGGUAUAGGACGGAGAUCAAAAGGUCCACGAUGUCCCUUCGAGCUGGAUCGUCUUGUGGCGGGUACCGGGGGUAUGCCCGGCGAGUUGUCCCGAGCGAGAGACUUAUCCUUAAAAUCUUCGCCCUCCGUCGCAACGUCCACCUCGCGACAGUCGACGUCAUGCUCGGAUGUGGCCCUCGAGCGGGAGGUGACGAUGUACGGAUGCUUCAAAUUCAAUCCCAGUUCAAGGAAUGCACGAAAGUUGUUCAUGACACACAUGUUGAUUGUGCUACUCAUACCGAUAGCAUCGGUCGUAAUGCAAAACAUGAUACUGCUUCAGCAACACGUGAAAUCCUACAGCGAAACCGUAUUGGCCAACGAGGAGAUGGGACUAACGAUUAACAUAACGCGCCUAUUGAACGUUAUCCAGCACGAACGCAUGAGCCUCGUGUUUUAUAUGCUGACGGGCAAAAAUCGAUCCCAGGUGGAGCGCUCCAUCGAAAUCACCAACGAUGCCCUCAGCCAUCUUCGGGAGGAUCUUAAUUAUCUACUGCCAGCGGGCACCGCGAAUCAAACGCUGAUAGCUGACAUGAGCAAAGCAAGGAAUGUUAUGCUUGGAGUCAAUACUCCCGAAAAUGAGACAUUUACAGGGUUGGAAUAUUUCGAACCGUACAAUGCACUUAAUCGGUACGUCAUCAAUGAGAUCGUGCGUAGCACCGGUACGUCGAUCAGCUCAACGGUUUGGCGCCAGUUCGUGGUGUACAAAAACCUUAUAGAGGCGAUCGAAAGCAUCAACAUUGCGGCGAUCCUCGUGCUGCAGUUCAUGCGCAACGGUUACCUGGAUCUGUCCGAUUAUGCACAAUUUGUUCGACGAGAUGCUGCCGCCCUGGAUUACAUAGCAUCGGCUCAAAAUUUUAUGACCUCGCUUAACAUCAUCUCCGGGGAAGAGUUUAAGGUCAUGCAGUAUUGGCGCAACCAGGUGCUGAUCAACAUGUCUGCCGCCUAUCGUAAGGAUGCGCUGAUGGAAUACUACCUGUCAGUAACGACCAUCUUAAGCAACUUACAAAUGGUGCAGGACCAGAUACAGGCCGAUGUGAAGGAAACAAUACUGGAGGAAAUUCACAGCGCCAGAAAGCACCAAUCGAUCUCGAUAGGGCUGGUCGUGGUGAUAUUCAUCAUUAGUCCCAUAUUAGUGCUGAUGAUACGUGUUGCCACCAGCACGAUACAGAACUAUUCGACAAAGCUGAUGGCCCGUACGAUGGAGCUGCGUAUGGAAAAGGGCAAGUCUGACCGGCUGCUCUACCAGAUGCUUCCACCGGCCGUAGUGAAGCAGCUAAAGCAACAGCGCCAAGUGCCGGCAGAAACGUUCGAAUCGGUAACGAUAUUUUUCAGCGACAUCGUUGGUUUCACCGACAUCUCGGCCAGUAGCAGCGCGAUGGAAGUGGUCAUCAUGUUAAACACACUGUACCGCUUGUUCGAUUCGAUCAUUCUCAAGUACGACGUGUACAAGGUGGAGACGAUAGGAGACGCGUACAUGGUCGUAUCGGGGUUGCCGCAGCGCAAUGGGAAUCGGCAUGCUGGAGAAAUAGGUAUGAUGUCGCUAGAUUUGGUUUGUGGCAUUUCAGGAUUUACCAUCCCACAUAUGAAGAACAGGACACUAGAAAUACGCGUUGGCAUCAACACGGGACCAUGUGUGGCAGGUGUGGUCGGUACCACCAUGCCAAGGUACUGUCUUUUUGGAGACACUAUAAAUACGGCUUCCCGCAUGGAGUCGACUGGAGAGCCAAUGAAAAUUCAUAUCUCGGAAAGCACAAAAGAAGUCUUGGACAAGCUAGGAGGAUUCAAAAUCAAACUUCGUGGAACGGUGGACGUUAAGGGUAAAGGAACAAUGCAGACAUUCUGGUUGACGGGACACUCACUGUAUGAGCAUCUCACGCCAGAUAUGCUUAUACCAAUGUAUAAGCAAAACGUAGUCACUGAACCUGAUUUUCUUCAAAUAAUCUAAACAUUCGAGGUAAAUUGAGAAGCACUAAAAAGCAAUCUAGAAUCACGCAAAAAUAAUGAAAGUUUAUGGAAAACAUAGUUUUGUUGGUGUAGAGCUAGUCAUCCAAAGAUUUGUUACAUGUUAGCUUUGUUUGCAGGAAUCGGAACUAAUGGGACUACAUCUCUCAGAAUAGCAUUUAGUAAAUGGUUUACAUUCGAUUAGGAUUAAAAAUAGUUUAACUUUAAAAGAAGCUUCUAUUGUAGACAACAUGAGAAUAAAUAUGUAAAAACGUGUAGCAAUGACUGAUGGAAAUAUUUAAACUUUCAAAUAUUUUAUCCACCAUCGGUCCAGUAGAAAUCGAGCAUGCGUUAGGAUUGAAAAUUGGAAUAUUGAUCAGCAAUAUUGAUUUAAAAUGUUCAAAUAAAAUGCAAUAAUUUCAAAUGCAAAAACUAAUACGCAUUGUAAAAACAACAGGACAAUGCAAAUGAAAUAAAAAUGCACGUUUUAACUGGGAUUUGGCAUAGUUUUUACCGCCAGUUUAGUGAAGACAACAACCAAUGGCAAUUGAAACAAAUUUUGGCUGCUGCAGAUACUUUUUAAUUUUAGUUUCUAAAACUCUUUGUCAACGGUUUUGUUAUUAACAAAAUAAGAAAGAACGUACUACGCAAGCCCUUAAUAUUUUCAAUUAAUAAAAAAAAAUCGA